AUGGACAACUGUUUCCAAUGCCCAGAAGGUCAAUUCUCAAACCAGAACAAAGAUAACUGCCUUCCUAAGACCCUUAACUUUCUCUCUUUCACGGAGCUCUUGGGGACUACUUUAGCCUUCUUUAUUUUGUUUUCUUCUCUAAUCACAGCUGCAGUGCUGGGGAUUUUCAUUAAGAACAAGGACACCCCAAUCAUCAAAGCCAACAAUCGGGAGAUCACCUACUCUCUUCUCAUCUCUCUACUGCUUUGCUUCCUGUGCUCCUUGCUAUUCAUUGGCCGACCUAACAUAGUGACCUGCUAUUUAAGACAAACAGCGUUUGGCAUCAUAUUCUCAGUGGCUGUCUCCUGCAUUUUAGCAAAAACCAUUACUGUGGUUUUGGCUUUCAUGGCCACCAAGCCAGGAUCCAGGAUGAGAAAAUGGGUGGGGAAAAGAUUGGCCAGUUCUGUUCUUCUUGGCUGCUCCACUAUUCAAGCCAUUAUAUGUGCUGUUUGGUUAUGUACUGCUCCUCCAUUUCCACAUUUUGAUAUGCAUUCUCUGACUGCAGAAAUCAUACUGGAAUGCAAUGAAGGGUCUGUGACUUUGUUUUAUUGUGUUCUGGGGUACUUAGGAUUUCUGGCCACUGUCAGCUUCAUUGUGGCUUUUCAGGCCAGAAAGCUGCCAGAUAGUUUCAAUGAAGCCAAGUUCAUCACUUUCAGCAUGUUGGUCUUUUGCAGUGUUUGGUUGUCUUUUGUUCCUUCUUAUUUAAGCACAAAAGGAAAAUACAUGGUGGCUGUGGAGAUCUUCUCCAUUUUGUCCUCUAGUGCUGGGUUACUAGGUUGCAUCUUUGCCCCCAAAUGCUACAUAAUUAUCUUGAGGCCUUCCUUGAACACAAAGGACCAGCUAAUAAGGAGGAAUAUCUAG